CUAUUUCUCAACUAUAGUUUUAUUUUUCCAUUUUGGUUUAUGAUUGUAUCCGUAAUUUUCUGGGGGAGAUAAUUUUUCAAAGUAAAUGGCUUUGGGUGGAUGCACGUGUGGGGUAGACAGCUAUAGAUGGACGCCGACAGGAUUAAUUAAAACUCGCGAAGCUGCCCGAAUGCCUUUCCUUUACACUUUAAGGCUGAAACUACAGGAAAAAUGGCUCCACCUAAGAGAAGCGCCGUGUCGGAUGUUGUAACCCGAGAGGCUACCAUCCAUCUUCACAAGAAGCUCCACGGAACUGGCUUCAAGAAGCGUGCCCCUAAGGCCAUCAAGACGGUAAAGGCUUUUGCCGCCAAGAUGAUGGGUACUGAGGAUGUUCGCGUUGAUACCAACUUAAAUAAGCACCUCUGGUCUCGUGGAGUUCGCAAUGUACCCCACCGUGUUCGCGUCCGCAUGAGCCGUAAGCGUAACGAUGAGGAGGAUGCCAAGCACAAGUUAUACACUUUGGUCACCUUUGUCCCGGUUGAGACUUUCAAAGGACUAUCAACAAUCACGGCGGAAGAGUAAAGGUGCUGCCUGAAAAUAAACUGUUCAACCUGAAGUAUUCACGAUAUAUGUAUUAGGUACCUGUAUUAAUGCAUAAACCCUUAAGCAUCUGUAACGAUGUUUGGAUAUCUGUUAUACUGUAUUGUUCAUCAUGUCAUUUGCAUCCAAAAAGUUUUUAGUAAAUAACGCAUGUAUUGUAGUAUGAGAUACAUUUAGUUUAUUAACCAUUGUAUUGAUCAUUUGUAACGAUGAAUAUCUUGUUAGGUGUAUAAUUCAUUGUAUCGAAAAGUUGUGAAGUAAUUGUAAUAAUGCGUAGAUCCUGAAGUAUAUGCAACAAUAUAUACUUCCUUGGAUGUCUGCUAUAUAUUCUGUGUCGAUUGAAGUUCAUUCAACUACUUGUGUGUCUGAGAUAUUGUAGCAUCGAAUCUCAUUGCUACAUUGUGU